AUAUUGUUUUCCUCUUUAUCUGUAAUACUAAUUUCCUAUACGUGUAGUCACUAGCCAAUCAGCAGGUUGGAAUACAGGUGAGACUAAACAGGAAGUAGUCAGAGACCGGUGAACUUGGAGAACGUGAGUGCAGCUGCCUUACUCUGCAGAAGAGUGAGCAAUAAAGUUUUAAUACUGAAUAUAGGUUUAAGUUAGCGACACUUAGUGAUUGCCUUUUUGCCUUUGGAGUGUGUAGCCGUUAAGACGUUAGCGAGGCGCAGUGCACCGGCCAGAGGAAGAAGUUAGAAUCGCGUUGGUUUGUGUUCGCUGCCCUCCAGUUCCCUGCCAUCCAGAGACUGCUCCAGAGUUCUAGCGACCGAGUGCAAACUAAAGGGAAGACUUGAGGUGAAGUAACCUGACUUUGUGUUAUUUACCAGCACGCUAUAGUGGAGAGAAACUAUUGUUUUACUCGCGAAUGUGACGGAGAGAGAUAACUGUGCCUGGACUGAAACUUUUGUUAAUUUAUUUGUCACUUUGUUACAUGCUAGGACCAAGACAUUUUUGGCUAGCCUAUUUGCUUUGAUACUUUGCCGUUUUUCCUGUGGACUAAGUCUGAACAAGAUUUGAGUAUUUUGCUCUGGACUGAAUCAUAGAAGUGUUACAGGACACUUCCACUUGGAACUGAGUAUUUUUCUGAUUGUUUGGACUGAAACCAUUUUCUGUUUUAAAGCAACUAUUGGGUGAGAGAACACUGAUUGUAGAUGCUGUAUCCCAGCGGACUGAACAAACAUGAUGCAGAGGAAGCUGGCGCUGGUGGUUGGCAUUGGUGCCUUGACCUUCCUCCUGAUGCUGAGGUGGGAGCACGUGAUAACCCUAGUGAACCUCAUGAGCAGCAAACGACCUUCAGCUGAGCCUGAACUGCGCAAAGGCACCAUCACCCCCAUCCCAGGCUCCAGGCACCUCAUGGUGUCUGCCUUUAAGGACCACAGACUGGGCGGGGCCAUCAGGGUGAUCAGCAUCAUCUGCAAGCAGGAGCGCCAGCCGCUCUACUGUGUCCUAUGUGCUAAUGCUAACGCUAGGGCUGAUGCCAUGGCUGAUGGGGCUCUGAAUCAAUGCGCUUUUUCACCGGCAAAAGUUGACAUGCACAGCGAAAGCUUUGGCUUUCCUUUUGUGACUUCAGAUGUGUUGUGUAUGAGUCCAGCGUUACAGCAAGCCACACAUGUCAGCAUAACAGCUAACCAAAACGCCAAUUUGACAUUUUUAACAAUCCAAAACCGGGAGGUCAAGGAAUCGUUUAAGUACAACUUUACUGUAUGCAUAUCUAACCUUUUUCAGGAGUACAAUAAUGCCCUCCAAUUUGCACAAACCAUGGAGGUGUACAAGCUUAUAGGGGUUCAGAGGGUUGUCAUCUACAACACCAGCUGUGGCCCAGACGUGGAGAAAAUUCUCAAGUACUACAGGAAAGAGGGCAUGCUGGAGGUUGUGCCUUGGCCAAUAGACAAGUUCCUACCGCCCUCUACUGGGUGGAAGUAUGACUUACACCAUGGGGACAUGCAUUAUUAUGGACAGCUGACCACUCUGAAUGAAUGCAUAUACAGAUACAUGUACCAGUCAAAGUACCUCCUGCUGAAUGACAUUGAUGAGAUCAUUAUGCCUUACAAUCAUGCCAACCUGGAGAACUUAAUGGGCACUUUACAGCAGCAGCAUCCCAACGUAGGGGUCUUCAGUAUCGAGAACCACAUCUUCCCCGAUACGCAGUUCGAUGACAGCGGCCGAAUUCGUCUGCCUCAGUGGAGCAGUGUGCCUGGUGUGAACAACCUGGAGCAUGUCUACCGAGAGCCGGACAGGAAGCACGUGUUUAACCCCACCAAGCUGCUCAUCAGCCCCCGGAGCGUGCAGCAGACUUCAGUACACUCCACGCUGAAGCAGUUCGGACUCUUCUUUAACGUCCCGUUCGAUGUAUGCCGCAUCAUCUAUGUCAGGGUGCCACUGCAAAGACAACUCUCCAAAGACCAGCUGUUCGUCGACAAGAAACUCUGGGAAUUUGAGGAGCUUUUGAUUUCCAGUAUUGAUCGUGCACUGAAAGAAUCAGGUAUGUUGUGAAAUACCGAUGCUUCCUACGGUGACAUAGCAGUUUGGUAACGCUCUGGACCUCACAUGCUGCAAAAAAAAAAAAAAAACUUGUAACAGUAGCAAGCGUGACUUAAUGGAGGAGGCCCAACACAUUAUUUUCUUUCUACAGGUACACGACGUUAAGCAUCACGCUACACUUAUGCUACAGUGAUGCAAACAGUGUGUCUAAUCACUUCGCACCACAAUAAUUAGGUGUUUAUAAUACUUUCAGUUUCAUUGUCUAAAUCAAGUCAUCACUUACUAUAAAACAAAGAGAAUGUGUUUCAAAGAUCAAACUAAGAAUGAUAUAAUCCAGGUGACAAAUGUCUUGCAUUUAUUGCAUGCUGUGUUGGAUUGAGGCUAUCAAAAUGAUAUAUGAUUAGAAAAAUGGGCUGCCUUCAGACACUGUAAGUAGGCCUACAACACAAGUCAAAGUAAAAAUCUCUUUUACAAACAUUGGAUGAUUUGUAUUAAAUCACACACAUAUACAGCUCCUGCCCAAUUUACUUCUACAACAGUAGCAUUCUCCUCUUUUUUUUAAUAUCUCUAUGACUAUAUAGCAUUUACAAACUCAAUGAAAUUACCCAAAGAGCAGAAUCCUCAUGCCCACCAAAUGCCACUUCUGGCCCUCCCAUGUACAACAACACACUGAUUAGCCUCUUCAUUAUCUCAUGUUUUUUUCAUUGGCUACAGUGCUUUUGGACGCUUAUGGAAACUGCAUCUGUGACGGAAGCAUUAAUGCAGAAAGAUAGUUCAUGUGGUGGAAAACAUGUGAAUGAAAACUCAAUAAUCUGUAUAACCACCAUGGUAGUCUGACAAACUACUGAAAUGAUUCACACUAUUGACUAUUGCUCAGGUUUAUGCUGUUGGUAUAGCCUGACGAUGUCAUACUC